AUGGCAAGGGGGAGUGCAGAUAAUAAGAAGGAAGAGUUGGUGGCAGUGGCAAUAGACAGAGACAAAGGGAGUCAUUAUGCUCUGAAAUGGACGAUUGAUCAUCUUCUCACCAGGGGACAAGUUCUCACUCUUAUCCAUGUUAAUCAAAGACCAUCUUCAUUGCCCACCCAAAUUGGGAACCAUGAAGUGAGCGAAGAAGUUGUAAGAGCAUACAAAGAACAACUUGAGAAUCAAGCUAAGGAGUUGUUCCUUCCAUAUCGUUGCUUUUGCACAAGAAAGGAUAUAAAAUGCAACGAAGUCAUAUUAGAGGACUUGGAUAUAACAAAAGCAUUAAUUGACUACGUUUCUGCUAAUUCAGUUGAGAUUUUGGUCCUUGGCGCAGCAUCAAGGGGUGGUCUAGCUAACGAUUCAACCAACUUCACUGAUGUGUUACAGCUACUUAAAGAAACAAUGCCACAUGUGACAUUUUUCAAUAGCAUCCUAAUUUUAUUAGUCAUUUCUCACAGAAGAUUCAAAACUACAGACAUUCCAAGUUGUGUGUCAAAAGUAGCACCAGAUUUCUGCACAGUGUAUGUCAUUGCCAAAGGAAAGAUAUCACAUGUUCGAGCCGCUACUGGUGAACCACCUCCAAAGAUACCACCCCUUAACCCAAUGCAGCAUCAAGCAAGCAAUAUUUCUGAUUCAGGUGGAGCAAAUGUCAAGCGUAACCAACAAUAUAGAGAGAGGGCAGCAUUACCACCCCGUAUCUCACAAUCACAUGAUCAGGAAAUCAAGUCACCAUUCAACAGAAAUAAUAGAGCUUCUUUGACCAAAGCAUUUGAGCUCUCCAUUCCAGAUUCUGACAUAUCAUAUGUGAGCACUGGAAGGCCAAGCACAGAUCGCAUGUUUCCUUUGUUUGACAAUAUAGAAUCCGGAUUGAACCCUCGACUUUCAACCAGCUCAGAUUUUGACGACAACAACUUUGGAUCCUUAUUUGCAGGAAACAACAAGUCAAUUGAUAUGACCUCUUCAAAGGUUGACUUUUCAUCAAAAAACUUGGAUGAUGUAGAAGCUGAGAUGAGGAGGCUAAGGCUAGAGCUCAAGCAAACAAUGGACAUGUACAGUACGGCCUGCAAAGAAGCACUCACAGCAAAGCAGAAGGCAAGGGAACUUCACCUCUGGAAAAUGGAAGAAGAACAAAGAUUAGAAGCGGCACGACUGGCCGAGGAAACUGCUUUGGCAGUUGCAGAGAUGGAAAAAGCUAAGUGUAAGGCAGCACUUGAGGCAGCUGAAGCAGCUAAGAGGUUUGCAGAACUGGAAGCACAAAAAAGAAUGUGUGUAGAAAUGAAAGCCUUCAAAGAAGAUCAGGAGAGAAAAAAGACAGGAGCUGUUUUGGCAGCAAAUGAUCUCAGGUACAGAAGAUACACGAUUGAGGAGAUUGAAGAAGCGACAGAAAACUUCUCGGAUUCUCGCAAGAUUGGUGAAGGAGGUUACGGACCAGUAUACAAGUGUGUACUGGAUCACACACCAGUGGCAAUAAAAGUUCUACGUCCAGAUGCAGCUCAAGGACAGUCACAGUUUCAGCAAGAGGUUGAAGUACUGAGCUGCAUUCGGCAUCCAAACAUGGUUCUCCUCCUUGGAGCUUGCCCAGAGUAUGGCUGCCUUAUCUAUGAGCACAUGGCUAAUGGGAGCUUAGAAGACCGUCUCUUUCGGCGGGGUGGCACUCCUGUUCUUACUUGGCAAUUAAGAUUCCGAAUUGCUGCAGAGAUUGGCACUGGCCUCCUUUUCCUUCACCAAACUAAGCCUGAACCUCUUGUACACCGUGAUCUAAAGCCAGGCAACAUUUUGCUUGAUCGUAACUAUGUCAGCAAGAUUAGCGAUGUUGGCUUGGCCAGGCUUGUUCCUCCAUCAGUAGCCGACACUGUAACUCAGUAUCGCAUGACAUCAACAGCUGGAACUUUUUGUUACAUUGAUCCAGAGUAUCAGCAAACAGGCAUGCUGGGAAUAAAGUCUGAUGUAUACUCACUUGGAGUUUUGCUUCUACAAAUGAUAACAGCCAAGCCACCAAUGGGUUUAACUCAUCAUGUUGAACGGGCUAUUGAGAAUGGAACUUUUGCUGAGAUGCUUGACCCAGCUGUACCUGACUGGCCAGUUGAAGAGGCACUGAUGUUCGCCAAGCUAGCUCUUCAAUGUGCAGAAAUGAGGCGAAAAGAUAGACCGGAUCUUGGGAAGGUUGUGUUACCCCUGCUUAACAGACUAAGAGCACUUGCUGAAGAGGAAAUGGUCUGCUUCUCAAUGAACAAUAGUGCAGCAAACUCACCAAGAAAAAGUCAAGCUUCCUCAAUACAACAUGUGAUUGAUGUGUCUCAACUAGCACAAGCUGGAUUUGAUACCACAAAGAGCCGACCGAGCACAUCCUCCUUCAUAGGAGCAAGAUAGCGUACAG